UUCAUAUCUUAUUUUCAGGUAGUAGCUCUGUGCGCCUUUGUGGCUGCCGCCCAGGCUGGUCUCCUUUCCGCGCCCGCUCACUACUCACCCGCUGAAGCCGUCUCAUCCCAGAGCAUCUUACGUCACGACCAGGCUCACGCCGCUCCCCUCGCUAAGAUCGCCGUGGCUGCUCCCGUCGCCUACCACUCCGCUCCCGUAGCCUACCAUGCCGCUCCUGCUCACUACUCGUCUGCCGCCGCUGUCUCCUCCCAGAACAUCGUCCGUCAUGACCAGCCCGCCGCUGUUGCCGCCCCAGUAGCCUACCACGCUGCCCCCGCCGUCGCCACCUACCACGCCGCCCCUGCCCCAGCUGUCUACCAUGCCGCUCCCGCUCACGUUGCUUACCAUGCUGCUCCCGUUGUCGCUCAUGCUGAAGACUUCGACGCUCACCCCAAAUACGAGUACAACUACUCCGUUGCUGAUGGCCACACCGGUGACAACAAGUCCCAGCAGGAGUCCCGCGACGGUGAUGUCGUGAAGGGCUCUUACUCCUUCCACGAAGCCGACGGCUCCAUCAGGACUGUGGAGUACUCCGCUGACGACCACAGUGGUUUCAACGCCGUCGUCCACAACACCGCCCCCACAGCCGCGCCCGUCGUCGUCAAGGCCGCCCCCGUCAUCCUCAAGGCUGCCCCCGCUCACUACUACCACCACUAAAUCCUAAAUAAGGAAUGGCUAUUGUGACCAAAACUGUUAAUUAUUUAUUAAAUGCAAUAUACGAAUAAGUUCAAUAAAAAAGA